AUGGUGGCCACACCGCUCGCUAAGAACGACCCGGACUACGAAGUGUGGCAAAAGCCCGAGGACUUCGACCACAGCGACGUCAAAGGGCGUUACCGCCGAUUUGCAAGCUCAGCCCGAAGAUUUAUUCUUGGACCGAUGCCUCUCGACGAGUUCCUAGAGUUUCUGCCAGAGACGGAUAUGUCUAACAUGCCGCGUCCCAUCAACGCUUUCAACGAGGUGCCGGCAGAGGCGAGAACGGAACAGCAGAUUUAUAAACCGUUGAUUGCAGCAAUUAAUGGAACGAGGAGCCGAAAAUCUCAACGUCGCUGUCCUGGAUUCACAUUCAAAGACACGGCCACGUCUGGUGCGGAGCUUGGAGAGAUAGGAUCGAUGAACGCCCAUGUCUGUUGUUAUUCACAGGACCUUAACGACUCUCACUCAGACCCUCUUGGCGGCGCUGAUUUGUACAUCGACGUACAGCGAUAUCCCAGCUUGGAUCCCUUCACCGACCCAACUCCUGAAAACGAUCGUCGCUCACAUGAAUUUGUUAUAAACGUCGGCGACGACCGUACUCGCAAACACGCAGAAGAAGCGCUCGGCAGGAAUGUCGCGUGCGCCACCGAAGUGUGUGCCCGUCAACACCGCGCUUUUUACUUUUCGAUUUCGUUGGCCGGGUCUCGUGCUCGCCUCAUACGGUGGGACCGCUGCGGAGCCAUCGUUUCAGAAUCAUUCGACAUUCGUGCUCAGCCCGGGCCACUUUGCGAGUUCCUGUGGCGAUAUGCCCACGCUUCAAAAUCGCAGCGCGGCUACGAUGUGUCCGUUGAACCUGCGACUCGAGAAGAGGAGGAACUCUUCAGAGAGUCCAUCAAACGCCACGUCAAACUUCAGCUGGAUCUCGACGAGGAAGACUUGGUGGCUGCGAUGGAGGAGCACUACCAGCCUGGCGUCGUUGUUGCGGUCAACAUGGUCGACGAGGGCUCUCCAGGGCAAGUGGCGCGCCGACUACUCAUCUCUCGGCCGGUGGUGUCACCCGUGUCACUGACAGGCCGGGGAACGAGGGGUUACUGGGCGGUCACUGCCGAUGGCCCAAGAAGUGAGGUAGUGUUCUUGAAGGACACGUGGCGAUACAAUGGGCAACAACAGAAAGAGGGUGCUAUAUUGGCGGAUUUGCAGGGUGCUGGAGUGUCGAACAUUCCGCGGUUAAUCUCUCACGGAGAUGUCCUAGAGCGGUUGCCCAUCGCGAAUAGGAUGGACGAAGACGCGGAGGACGGCGACGUUGAAGAGCUAUCUCUGCAGCGCACGCUGACCGAUCGCUUUCAGCAAGCGCACUGGGUUUGCAAGCUUGAACAAAUUCCGCAGCCUCCGCUCGUACAUUACCGGUUAGUGUUGGGCACCGUUGGUUAUGGGCUGCAGCGCUUCGAAGGGACGCAAGAGCUUCUUCAGGGGACGUUCGACGCGUACCAAGCCAUUCUGGGAGCUUUCAACCUGGAGGACGUCACGAAACGUAGGUUGCACCGUGACGUCAGUAUAGGCAACAUCAUCCUCUUUAGGGAUCCAAAAGGAACGAAUACGAAGAGGUAUGGCUAUCUGAUUGAUUGGGGGCUGUCGUGUUUGGUGACAGAGGAGGGUGAGGCUUGUGAUCACACGAAAGCGGGCACCUUGCAAUUUAUGUCGCAACGCAUUCUGAGCCACAAGAAAGUGGCGCACACGAUCCAGGACGACAUGGAGUCGAUUCUCUGGGUUGUACUGUACUGCAGUUUGCGAUGGUUAGAUCACAAUUUGCCGCUGGGAGAUUUGGCCAAGACGAUGGUCAACAUUUUUGACCGAUGCACUGUCCAUGACGAUGGCUACGUUAUGGCUAGCGAUGCCAAGCUCCGCAUUCAGUUUGACCGGGGGUACACGAGCGAUAUCUAUUUUCGUAAUCCGACGAUUCAACUAUGGCUCGACGAAGUCAUGAAAUUUAACUCAUCCAAUAUGUUUCCCCACGUCUGGGGUGCGGCUUUUGCGGAGGUCUGGAAGGAUCCCGCGAUGUUUAAUGCGUUUUGGCGGGACUUCCUCAGGGUCCAUGAGAUUUCCGACCACGACAGAGUCUGGCGAGAGUUAAUACGACCUGACGACCACCCCUACAAACCACCUUCAUCAUCGUCAUCCACCUCCCAGGUCACGCAUCCUGCACCUGCGGCAUUACCUUCACGGAAGAGAAAGGCGGUGGAAGAGCCCGUUGGUGCGGACGCGGAGAAGAUGACCAGCUCCCGGGUACCUGCAGUGCCUCGCGAAGGUUACAGAGGACCCAUCACGCGCUCGAUGGCGAAGCGGAGGCAGAUCGAAGGCCAAGGACAGGGUGCCGUAGCAGGUGGCUCGGAUCUGCCGAUACAAGAUCUAUGGAGCCCUCGACGCCUGAGGCCUCGUCCAAAGAAGAUUGACAAAACCAGCCUUGCGCGACAGGGUCCCAAGGUUCGCAGGUCGAAGAAAUGA